UUAAGAAGAAGAAGAAGAAAAAAAAAACAAAUGAAUAAAACAAAAAAAGGUUGACAGAAGAGAGAUACAGUUUUUACAGAAGUUAGGAGAGAAAAAGAAGAGAGUACAGAUCUGUUUGACCAAAACCUCUUACAAACACAUACAAAUCAGACAGAAGACUAAAAGAGUGAAGAGAACAAACAGAGCAAUGGAAGGAGGAGGAGCUGCUCCGCCGGCCGACACCGUGAUGUCCGACGCGGCGCCUCCGCCGCAGCAAGCGAUGGCUAUGGGGAUCGAGAAUAUUCCGGCGACGCUGAGCCACGGUGGCAGGUUCAUCCAAUACAACAUAUUCGGAAACAUAUUCGAAGUCACCGCCAAAUACAAGCCACCCAUCAUGCCCAUCGGAAAAGGCGCAUACGGCAUCGUUUGCUCGGCUUUGAACUCGGAGACGAAUGAGCACGUUGCCAUCAAGAAGAUUGCGAAUGCGUUUGAUAACAAGAUUGAUGCAAAGAGGACCCUCCGUGAAAUCAAGCUGCUUCGUCACAUGGAUCAUGAAAACGUGGUUGCAAUCAGGGAUAUAGUGCCACCACCUCAAAGGGAGAUAUUCAAUGAUGUUUACAUUGCAUAUGAGUUGAUGGACACUGACCUUCACCAAAUUAUUCGUUCAAACCAAGGAUUAUCAGAGGAGCACUGUCAGUAUUUUCUGUAUCAAAUCCUCCGUGGGUUGAAGUACAUACAUUCUGCCAAUGUUCUGCAUAGGGACUUAAAACCUAGCAACCUUCUCCUGAAUGCCAACUGUGACUUAAAAAUUUGUGAUUUUGGACUGGCUCGUGUCACGUCUGAAACUGAUUUUAUGACUGAAUAUGUUGUUACAAGAUGGUACCGUGCACCAGAGCUUCUGUUGAACUCUUCUGAUUACACUGCAGCAAUUGAUGUAUGGUCUGUUGGUUGUAUUUUCAUGGAACUGAUGGAUCGCAAGCCUUUGUUUCCUGGCAGAGAUCAUGUGCAUCAGUUGCGUCUACUUAUGGAGCUGAUUGGCACCCCAUCAGAGGCUGAUUUGGGGUUCCUGAAUGAAAAUGCUAAGAGAUACAUUAGGCAACUACCCCUUUACCGCUGUCAAUCUUUCCAGGAAAAGUUUCCACAUGUCCAUCCUGAAGCUAUAGAUCUUGUUGAAAAAAUGUUAACUUUUGAUCCUAGAAAAAGGAUUACUGUUGAAGAUGCACUGGCGCACCCGUACUUGACAUCUCUGCAUGACAUCAGUGAUGAACCAGUGUGCAUGACUCCCUUCAACUUUGACUUUGAACAACAUGCUUUGACGGAGGAACAGAUGAAAGAACUGAUAUACCGAGAGGCUCUAGCAUUUAACCCUGAGUAUCAGCAGUAGUAGUGAUAGUCUUGUUGUCAUUGGAUUUGGAUCGUGUGAUGUUUGUGUCCAUAGAUCAAGGGAUUUCAUUGUGUAUAUAUAUCUAUCAUCUGAAACCAGAUGAUCUUGGAGUUGAAUUAUUUCCAUCAGAGACAUGAUUGGUAGACUGGAACAAUCGUAAGGUAUUUGUAUUGGCUUAUUUGCUUCAUAUUAUUAUUGUCCAAUUCAUUGGCUCCAGCCAACUGAUAAAUCUUUUCUUGGUCUCAAA